ACUGUGGGGAACCUGUCAUUUUGUGGGCAAUUGUAAGAAACCAAAGGUGUGCUUCAUCUGUAAUAUUCUGGGGCAUCACAUGAGUGCUUGUCCAAAGUGGAACUCUCCUCAUCCAAUGGCAGCUUAUAUGGGAAGUGCAGGCCUUGGUCUUGGUUUUCACCACAUCGAUACCCCUAAGGUAGAGAACACCCAGUGGCUUAACUUGAAGAAUUGUGGGUGUGGUGAGAAUCCUUGAGGGAGAGGUUACCCUGGCUGAAUUGGAAAAGGAGCUCUCUGAAAUUUUCUGCAAAGAAUGGUCAUGGCAAAUUAAAGAGCUUGAUGUGGGAAGAUUUCUGGUCCGAUUCCCUCCUCAUAAAAGAGUGGAUGAUAUCAAGAAUUACCCCUCUUUCAACUUGAGAAAACAAGGUGUUCGAGUGGAAGUCUUGGAAUGAGUUGGAAGCUUGGAGCCAUACAGUGAACUUAAAGAGGCAUGGGUGCAGAUUAGAGGUGUGCCACCUAAGUGGUGUGCCUGGCAAGUUUUUGCACAAAUGGUGUUAGGUUUGGGAAUGAUGCUUGAAAUUGAUUGGUCUAGUUUGUUUAAAUCUUUCUAUGAAAUGGCUAGGGUAAAAAUCGCUUGCAGGAAUCCAUGCAAAAUCCCUAAGGAAAGAUUGUAUGAGAUCAACAAGCAGCUCUUCUUAGUAUCCCUCCUUGUGGAGGAUGUGGUUCAAGAGGCUCCUCCCUCUGGUCCAGCUAAUGAUGGCAUGGAUCCAGAUGAUGACCUUGAUGAGGAGGAUGACUUGGAACGAAAUGGUGAAGACAACAUGAGGUUGGACUUAGACAGGGCUGGGCGUGAGCCUAGCAGAUCUACUCCUGCACCUACUGGAAAGCACAACAGCAAGUCUCCUAUCCAAGGAUCCAGGACUGUGCAUAUGGAGCACUCUCAGAUCAAUCAGGACAGCCAGCUGAAAGACUUCAUGAAUUCUGGAAGUGGUCUACAAGGCCUGAAGUUACCUACAGGAGCCGGUCAAUCCGACCUUCCUACUUCCUUUGACCAACAAUCGAAGUGGAUGGACUUCAUGAAAAUAGCUGAGGGGGAGUUAUCAAUGGCUGAAUGCUCUCAGAUUCUGAGGAACAUGGAGCUGGAGGACUCUGAAAACGAAGAUCUGCUAUCAGAGAUAGAAAUAGAGGAGGAGAUGGUUCCUGUUUCAGACCUGAAGUUGAAGAUGGAGGGCAGAAACCUCUUGAAUGACUUUGAUUAUUGCAAAGGUAACGUAGAGACAAUAGACCUGCCAAUGAGCGCGGUACGAGAUGGGGUUCUAGCUGCGGAGGAACUUGGCAAGCCAAAAAGAAAGAAACAAUGGGGGCCCAUCCAAAGGGAUGCAAGACCAAGAAGAUUUGUGGAUGAUGGGAGAACCAUGAUGCAGAAAGCAUAGGAGCGGAUCAGUAUUAAAAAUCUGGAAGUGGAUGGCAAGUACAAGCCAGGGCGUGAUAUGGUCGGACGUGCG